UGAGAAGAAAUUUAUUGUUGUAAUGGUAAAGAAAGCUGCUGCACCAUCAACUCCUGUUAAAGACGAACCAAAAACAUCAACAACAGCAAGGACUGAGACGAAAGACGAUAGCUCGCAAAAAGCUCCUACACCCCCUAAAGUUGAAACACCGACAACAGAGCCAGCACCAGUUGUCGGUUCUUCACAAAUCGCGCAAGCUGAGUCAAAUUUAGUAAUGGGCGAAGGCUACAAUUCCAUGGUUCAGAAUAUAAUGGAAAUGGGAUAUGAUAGAGAAUCGGUUGUUCGAGCACUUAAUGCCAGUUUUAAUAACCCUGAUCGAGCUGUCGAAUAUCUCAUCAUGGGAAUCCCAGAAACAGCUCUCCAAGAUCGUCCAGCUCCAGUAGGUGGAAAUGAACAAAAUGUUGAUUCCCGACCCGCAGCCAAUCCAGCCCCACCAGUCCCAGCUGAAAGUGGCAACAACGAAGAAAGUCCUUUGGCUUUUUUGCGACGUCAAGCACAGUUCCAACAAAUGCGUAGUGUCAUUCAACAGAAUCCUGAAAUGCUUAAUGCAGUUUUACAGCAAAUUGGACACACAAAUCCAGCACUUUUGCGCCUCAUUUCAGAGAAUCAAGAAGCUUUUGUUAAUAUGCUCAAUGAGUCGGAAGAUGGAAGACAAGCGCCAGUCGGUGGUGACGAUGAUGACGACAGAGGAAAUUUUGGUGGCUUACUUGAUGUUGGAUCUGUACCAGAAUUUACUCAGCAAGAUCGUGAAGCUAUUGAAAGGUUAAAAGCCCUUGGUUUUACAGAUGAACUUGUCGUUCAAGCUUACAUCGCAUGUGAAAAGGAUGAAAACCUCGCAGCAAAUUUCCUUCUCUCCCAAACUGAUGAUUAACUCAGCUUAAUUUACCCUUUUAAUCCAUUUGGCGGCAACACCAAGCGUAAAAAUUCAUUAA